ACCUGUUUUGGAUUACAAGAAUUUUAAUCGUAUUGCCGACGUUAGUUAACCUUGUUCAAUCAAAUAUUUAAAAUUCGGUGGGGCCAACGUUGCGCACUAAGCAGACGAAUGACAGUGAGUAGCGAGUAAGAACUCUUGAAUCUUUCCUUAAAAGUUUUGUAAAUAAUUCUUGCAGUAUGGCUGAACGUCUGGAUCUUCUCCUAUUUGGAGCAACAGGGGUCACAGGUCUACAUGCUAUUCGAUACCUUUACAAAUUUUCGAAAGAAAAAAAGUUAACCUGGGGUAUCUCUGGACGUUCAGAAACAAAACUUAAAGCUGUCUUAGAGAACGUAGGUUUACAGAUAGGAGAAGAUUUAUCCAAAACUCCAAUUAUACUGGCCGAUAUAAAAAAUCAAACAUCUUUAAAUGAAAUGGCACAAAAAGCAAAAGUCAUCCUAAAUUGCUGUGGACCAUACAGACUGAUGGGCUUUCCGGUAGUAGAAGCGUGUAUUAAAGCUGGAACUCACCAUUUAGAUGUAAGUGGUGAACCUAGUUUUAUAGAUUCACUUCCAGCAAAAUACGAUGUUGCUGCUAAAGAAAAAGGAAUUUAUAUCGUUAGUGCCUGUGGUGUCGAUUGUCUCUCCACGGAUUUGGCUUCUACGUAUCUGCAGCAAAAGUUUGAUGGUGUAUUGAAUUCAGUGGUUGCCUACGUGGAAAUAUGGACCACAGGUAAAAAUAAAGGAUCUGUUUGUGGCUAUGGGACUUGGCAAGGACUUAUUCAUGGAUGCCAUAAAAUGUUAUCAAUAAGUGAAUUGAAGAGAAAGCGGCCUCCACCCUCACAUAGUGCGUUUAAACCGGCACUACCUAGAAACAUUCUUCCACGCUAUUCCAAGAUAACCAAGGGUUGGUUGAUACCCAAGGGACAGGCUAGAAAGAUAAUGUACCAGACUCAAAAAUAUCUAUAUGAAAAAGAAUCGCAGAGACCCUUUCAUGGUGAAGCAAUGAUGUCCAUUCCGAGUUUCUUUAGUAUCUUUAUUUUGCUUUUGCUCAGUGUUCCACUAUUAGUGUUUAUUUUCAUGGUUCAAUUUCCCUGUAUUAGAAAUUUGUUAAUAAAAUAUCCCCACAUCUUUUCUUGUGGAUACGUCAGUAAAGAAGAGCAUCCCUCUGAAGAAUUCAAAGAAGGCAACCAUUGUCGAGUAACAUUCUAUGGAGAAGGAUGGAAGGAGAAAUUGGCAAAUGUAGACGAACAGUACACUAUACCACCUAACAAAAGCAUUUUAGCGAAACUGCAAUUUCAAAAUUGCUAUACUUUUAGUGUUAUCGGUUUAAUUGGAGCUGGUAUUGUUAUUUUGAAAGAAAAAGACAAAUUACCACAAAGUGGUGGUGUAUAUAGUCCAGGAGCAGCUUUUAGAAAAACGUCUCUAAUGCAAAUGCUGCUAGACAAUGGAACUUCAUUCGAAAUUAAAAGUGUGAAAGAUAUAUAAAAUUAAAUAAAAAGUAUACAUCAGUA